AUGGAAUUUCUGGAGCUUCAUGAAUAUAAGAAUAGCACUGCCAGAUCAGACCAAAGCCCAGAUACCUUCAGAAUAUUUAACCUUCAAGUACCAGAAAGAAAUAAUAUACUAGAGAAGAUUGAACGUACACCAAAGAAACAAGAAAGAUACUUACUGGAGUGGCGCAAUAACCCUCAACCACAACAUGCAAAGUAUAUUAAAAGCCACACCAAGUUGACGAAUGAGUCAAUAUUGUAUAUAGAAACAGAGGAUGCAAAAACAAAACAGAGUCAUUGGUGGCCAAGUACUGAGCCCACUGUAGAGCGUCCUAAACCACCUUAUGACAAGCAGAGCACUCAGAGGAAUGAUUUCCAGAAGCCAAACUGUAUUUUGUCUCGGCCUGUUAAGCACCCCUCUAAGUUACAGCCUUCCUAUGGAAUAGUUCCACUUGCAUCUCCUCAACUGCCGAGUCGCCUUCCGAGAAUUUUCCAAGAGCAGCUCACUUUCAAACAUUACUAUAAUGCCAGAGCAACUCCCUGCAUCCCCUAUCAAGGAAGGAAAUAUGGCACAAUUGUGUGGACAGAGAAGAAACCAAACAGGGAGAUGAUGCCUCCAGUCCAGGGGGCAGGUGCACUGGAGGACCCCAAAACAGAAAAAGGAGCCCCAGUAGAAAACGGUGUAACCGCAACCCAUGUUGAUUCAUUAGAUGCCCAGAAGACAUCACCACCCUCUGAAGCACACUUAUCAAAACCAGCACUGAAUUUGGAAACCAAGGCAGAUGCCAGAACUCCAGAAAUGGAACAGGAGAGUUCAGAGCUUCCUCAGACUGACAAAGUGGAUGAUGGUCGUCCUCAUAAGGGGGAGGCUUCCAGCCCAUCAAAAACAAAUUCCCUUGGCGAACUGCAGAGCCCCUUACCUCCUCUUUGCGAAGCUGCACAAUCACUACCUGACACUCAAGUAGCCUAG